AUGCCUGUGGCCACUUCCAUAGACGAUGAACAUGACCGAGCGAGCAAAUUGAGAGCGUUCGACGAGACAAAAGCUGGAGUCAAAGGCCUUGUGGACGCUGGGAUCACCCAAGUCCCCUGCAUAUUCGUCGUCCGGCCGCCCGACAAUACUUUUACAGUAGCUCUAGUUCAGUUUUCUGAUGCAUCGCAACAUCUCUGGCACAAAAAUGCUGGUGGAGUACUCAAAGCAUGCGAUGAGACUGGGCUCUCGUCUUUGACCCUGGGUGUGACAGAGCAUUCAGACAAUGACUUCCUCACAAUUCUCCUGCAAGAUCAAAUUGGACGACUUCAAGUGCUUCAUGAGAACCAGUGGAUCGACGUUCCUCCAAUCCCUGGAGCACUAGUGAUCGACAUUGGAGAUCUUUUGCAGGUUCAAAAUUGUCUGAAUGAGACAGAUGUACGUUGA